AUGUUGGCCUUAACCACUCUCGUUUUAUCCUCCGUCUGGCAGGCUACUGCCCAUGUACUCCCACGCGAUAUUGACGAAUCACUAUUAUCCGGCAAUGACACAGGAAACGGUACGGCUCCGGUACGUGGAGACUAUACAUGGACUCCAACCUGCAAGUUGCCAUCCGCCAAGGACUUUAUGUUUCCCAUGGGCUUUGACAAUUUCGAAAAAUGUGUCCCCGCCGUAGGAACAGUCAAUGCUCUCAUGAUCUUUGUCGACUUUCCAGAUGCCGAGGAUGAACGCUCUCCCAAGGCAAUGCACGAUCAACUCGUCCCGGAAGCGAUUGAGUGGUAUAACCAGGCUAGCUACGGCAAGCUAAACUUGAAUGUCAAGGCUGAUACUUCUGCGUACCUCCGCAUGCCCAAGAAAGCCAGCGAGUAUGGGUGGAUGCAGGGUGGCUUCUGGCAGGACAACUAUCUCAACGACGCCCUCGACGUCUUUACCGCCAACGGCAGCCGUCCUGCACCCGAGGCUGACUUUUUGUACGUGGUGCCAACCGGCCGCGCAGCAAACUCUCUGGCACGUUCCAUUACGCGCUUCGAUCCCAUCUCUACGCGUCACGGCAAGAAAGUAACAUACAAAAAGGCCGUGCUUAUGGCUGCCACCGAGUGGGAUCUCCAAUCUAUGAUUUUGGUCCACGAGACAGGCCACGUCUUUUGCAUGUCAGACUACUACGCCUUCAGCGGGUACCAGCAUCAAUUCACUGGAGAAUGGGGUGUCAUGGGUAUGGAAACUGGUAUGGCACCUGAUUACUUUGCCUGGGAUAAAUACCGUCUUGGCUGGAUCGAGGACAAGGCCGUUGACUGCGUGUUGGAAGCUGGAAGCACAACUCACGUCCUUACACCGCUGGCCUGGGACAUUGAUGGAAAGAAGGCCGUGAUUAUCGCUCAGAGCGAGAUUAGUGCUCUCGUCGCUGAAGUCCGUAUCGCUACUGGUUUGGACGGGAAGAUCUGUGCCCCUGGUGUUUUGCUUUACAAGAUCAGCAUCAGAGCAGGAAAUGGCGCUCUGGAAGUGAUUGACGCGACGCCCGAAUCUCUGGGCUGCGCUGGGAAACUUGAAGAUAAGAAUGAUGCUACUCUGUCUUUGACUUUGGAGGGAAGCGAGUCUCUUGCAUACGCUCCUGUUAGUUCGUUGGAAGUUCCUGGUUGGGAUGUUAAUGUGACGCUGGUGAGCGUUAAGGGCACCGAUUACACUAUUCGCGUCGACCGAAAGACCGAUGUCAAGACUGAUUCAUGGUAG